CCGCAAGCGCGGUUAUCCUCAACUCACUCUUCCAACCACGCUCACUCCCGCGUCCUCUUCGAUGGCCAGCACCGCAAAUCACUGUCUCCAACUCGCCGGCGCCACCGAGUCAACUCGUCGCUGGAGAAUCUCCAUUUCGUGCAAGAAGAAGUCGGACAAGUUAGCAUUCAAGGAAACGAAGGAAGGCUUCGUGGACUACGACAGAGGCCAGCACGAGGUCUCCACGAAAAUAUCCGGCCUCCGCAAGGACGACAUCGCCGCCCGAUAUCGCCUCCGCGUCGCCGGAAACCGCUUCCAGAUGGACUGGACGGUGUCGGAGGUCGCCGAACUUGUCCUCUCCCUCAACCUCUCCGACGACGACGACGUCGACGGCCUGCUCAACCGCUGGGUUGGCCGCUUCGCGCGCAAGAAUUUCCCCUUCCUUAUCAAGGAGUUGACGCAGCGAGGGUCCAUUGAACACUGUAACCGCGUGUUCCGGUGGUUGAAGAACCAGAAGAACUACCGUGCGCGCAAUGAUAUAUACAAUAUGAUGAUUAGGUUGCACGCCAGGCACAAUCGAACGGACCAGGCGCGUGGAUUGUUUUUUGAGAUGCAGGAAUGGAGGUGUAAACCUGAUGUCGAGACUUACAAUGCUAUUAUUAAUGCGCAUGGUCGGGCUGGACAGUGGCGUUGGGCUAUGAAUAUCAUGGAUGACAUGCUGCGUGCAGCUAUUCCACCAAGUCGGUCAACUUAUAACAACUUAAUAAACGCUUGUGGAUCUAGUGGGAAUUGGAAAGAAGCACUUAAUGUUUGCAAGAAAAUGACAGAGAAUGGUGUUGGGCCUGAUCUUGUUACUCACAAUAUUAUUCUAUCUGCAUUUAAAAGUGGGGCUCAGUAUUCAAAAGCUUUGUCUUAUUUUGAACUAAUGAAGGGAACUCAUAUUCGUCCUGACACAACUACACUUAAUAUUGUUAUCCAUUGUCUAGUAAAACUUAGGCAAUAUGACAAAGCUAUUGAAAUUUUUAAUUCCAUGAGGGAGAAGAAGUCGGAAUGUACCCCUGAUGUUGUUACAUUCACUAGUAUCAUUCACCUGUAUUCUGUGUGUGGGCAAGUUGAAAAUUGUGAGGCUGCAUUUAAUAUGAUGAUUGCAGAAGGGCUGAAACCUAAUAUAGUCUCAUAUAAUGCACUCAUAGGUGCAUAUGCUGCUCGUGGUAUGGACAAUGAGGCGCAUUUGUUUUUCAAUGAGAUAAAACAAAAUGGCUUCCGCCCUGAUAUUGUAUCGUAUACAUCUCUCCUUAAUGCUUAUGGAAGGUCACAAAAGCCCCAUAAAGCUAGACAAAUAUUUGAUAGGAUGAAGAGAAACAAGUUGAAGCCAAAUCUUGUCAGUUACAAUGCGCUGAUUGAUGCCUAUGGAUCUAAUGGUUUGCUGGCAGAUGCAAUUAAAAUCUUGCGAGAAAUGGAACAAGAAGGAAUUCAGCCAAAUGUUGUCUCAAUAUGCACACUCUUGGCUGCCUGUGGACGAUGCAGUCGAAAGGUGAAGAUUGACACAGUGCUAACAGCAGCUGAGAUGCGAGGAAUUAAAUUAAACACAGUUGCAUAUAAUGCAGCUAUAGGAAGCUGUAUGAAUGUAGGGGAAUAUGACAAAGCUAUAGGCUUGUAUAAAUCUAUGAGGAAGAAAAAAAUUAAAACUGAUUCUGUUACUUACACUGUGUUGAUAAGUGGUUGUUGUAAGAUGUCAAAAUACGGCGAAGCCCUAUCUUUUAUGGAAGAAAUUAUGCAUCUAAAACUUCCUUUGUCCAAAGAGGUCUACUCAUCCGCCAUAUGCGCCUAUAGCAAACAGGGCCAAAUUGUAGAGGCAGAGUCUACAUUCAACUUGAUGAAAUCAUCUGGUUGCUACCCUGAUGUGGUUACAUACACCGCCAUGCUUGAUGCGUACAAUGCAGCUGAGAAUUGGGAGAAAGCUUAUGCACUCUUUGAAGAAAUGGAAGCAAGCAGCAUCAAGCUAGAUACUAUUGCCUGUGCAGCUCUAAUGAGAUCUUUUAAUAAAGGUGGCCAACCAGGAAGGGUUCUUAGUCUUGCAGAAAGUAUGAGAGAAAAAGAAAUUCCUUUCAGUGAUACCAUAUUUUUUGAAAUGGUAUCUGCCUGUAGCAUAUUACAAGAUUGGAGGACAGCUGUUGAUAUGAUCAAGUACAUAGAGCCCUCACUUCCUGUAAUUUCAUCCGGAUGUUUGAAUCAGUUCCUGCAUUCUUUAGGAAAAAGUGGAAAGAUUGAAACUAUGUUGAAGUUAUUCUUCAAAAUGUUGGCAUCAGGUGCCGAUGUUAACUUAAACACUUACUCUAUAUUAUUGAAGAACCUUUUAUCAUCUGGAAAUUGGAGGAAGUAUUUAGAGGUGAAAUACCAGUGUAGGACAAUAACUACAAGCCCAGCCCAACAACACUAUCAACAGGAAAAAAAACUGCCAACUUGAAAAUAAUCCUAAUGUUCAAAUAAAUGGUAUCUCUUGUUGCCAAAGUGCCUUCAAUGCCAUACUUUUUUUUAGAUCCGCCCUCCAAUGCCAUACUAGUUCCGUGCUUAUGGAGAGUUGUUACACCUCUAGCAAGUGUAUUAGUUUGUGAAAAGUAAUAUAGUGAAUGUCAAGUAUCAUUUACAUGAGGAUAUAUGUUGCAAUGUAUUGUUUCCACUUGAUCAAACCAUAAUUUUCUAUCUUGGAUAGUGACAUAUAGUAGCCUAUUUGAAACCAUGAAGUUCUAGCUAAAUGGAUUUAGCAAUACAUGGAAAAAGAGCAAGAAACAUCAAACAAGAAAAAAACAGAGAACUCCUUGGCCAUCUUCAAGACAUUGUAUCAAGAGAAAUCCUCCAAGACUUUACUUCUUCAAGCUCUAGCUUAAUCUCAAAAGUAUUACAGUGUAUUUUUUUUUCUGCUACAAGC